GGAACCCAAUCCGAUAGCGACUUUUAUGGAACUCGGCGUAUCAGCCACAAUUCCGAAAACAAAAAACAAAAGUUCUUAUCGGAACUCUCCAGCUCUCCAGCUCUCCAGCUAAAAAGCUGGAGCCAUCAGUCUCCCCGCAUCAGUUUUAAUUCUUCCAGCGACUCUUCAGGAAGCAAGCUUUGUCCAAGCCCAAAAAAUGAUCCUCCGCGUGAUCCUCCUUAUUGGCUCUUUUUUAUUUUCCGCUUCUCUAGGAUGGGAAGCUUCGGCAUCAAAUUACUUGGACCUACUGAAGAGGCAUACGGACUUGCAGGAUAGGUAUUUGGCGUUUCACGAAAGCUGCUCGGAAUUGCAGAAAAAGUAUUUGGACUUGCGGGGAAGGGAUGUGGAUGAAUGUGCUGCGAAAUCAGAGUUACAAAAGGACUACUCGGACUUGCAGAAAAAUUAUACAGACCUACAGGAAAAAGACGGCGAAAUAUAUGACCAAAUAGGGAAGCUGCAAAAGGACUAUUGGGACUUGCAGAAGAGGUAUGCGGAGGUCCAGAACAACAAUACGGAAGUACUGCGCCAACUCAAUGAUGUGAAUGUUAGAUUCGCAAAGUUGCAGUCACAGCACCUGGAAGUCGGCCAUCUCAACGACCUGAUAGAUCAGAAAAAUAGGGAAAUUAAAUUAUUAAACGAUAAAAUCAGCGAUCUACAGGCAAAUAGUGAUCUUGCGGAGCUAACACGUAAGCUCAGCGUAGAGAUUGACAAAGUUGGAGAAAUAGUGAAGUCGCAACCAGAGACCAGAGCCCUUCCAGAUCACUGCCCACGAAACCGAAAUGAAACACAUAUUCUUCAAGAAAUCCAAAUCAGAGGCUCAGACCCGUUCAAAGUGGUCUGUAGGUCUGAUGACGAGAUGGGAUCUGGUUGGAUGAACGUUUAUCGCAAAACGUUUUCCUCAACUUCUUUUAAUCGCACUUAUGAUGAAUACGUAACUGGCUUUGGGAAUGUUGGAACGGAGGAUGAGGACGAGUUCUUCAUCGGACUCCAGCGAUUGCACCUUCUGACGAAUGGAGAGCCUCAUGAAAUGAUGAUUUACUUCUCUGAAAGGUUUCUAAGAUGCGGAAACUUUGUUAUCGGCCAUCGAAGCGAAGGAUAUGUGGUUAAAAGUACUAGCAAGUGUCCUGAAAGCAUUAUAAGCUUCACGCAGGGCACUAAGUUUUCUACAUUUGAUCGAGACGAGGAUACACGUCCUGAUAGUAAUUUGGCAAGUCUAUUUGGAUUUGGAUGGUGGUUCCAUACUCUUUAUGGAUUUCAUUUCCAUAGAAUAUUACGUAUGUUCAUUCGAAAGAUCUAAUGGGAAAAACAGCCAGGCCUUUUGGAAAAUGAGAAUUUUGAGAAAAAUAUCUCGGAAUAUGGGAAUAUUCACUAAAUAACUAUGCUAUGAUUAGGAGCGAAGAUGCACUGUUUUAUUUUUUCAAAAAAUGUUUAAUAAAAAGAGAAUUCAUUUAAAGAAGA